GUCUGUCUCCUCGUCCAGUUGCUUCCGGGAGCUUCCAGUUGAAAACUAGCACGGAAAGAGAUUCUCGCCUCUCCGGCAGACACUCCUUGCUGCUGCCUUGGAGCCAGGGUCUUCCUGCCCCGGGUACACACAGAUCAUCUCACAGCUCUCCAGGAGUCCAGGAUGCCGGAGCUGGAGCCGCCGUUCCGGCCGAGGGAGAAGCUGCUGGAGCUGCAGAGGCACUUCCAGAACGUGCACAAGCACACCUACCUCAAGGGCCGGUACGACGCCGUCACGUCCGUCGGCAUCCCCCUCGCCCUGGCCGCCUCCAGCUUGUUCCUCAUCGGAAGAGGCGUCUACAACAUGUCCCAUGGCAUCGGAAAGAAGGAAUAAUGAAGGUCUAGUGAUGUCUCGUGCCUUCUUCGACAGUCAGUGACUUGGCAUCUUUAAUUAUUGUAUGCUGUUCGUCGUCUACGCGUGCCUGGUAUCUCAGUCUGGUGCGACUUUGUUGUAAAAUAGUUCUGUUUUUCUUUAUGUCGAGCAUCCGAUGUGGUGUAGUUUGCUUUCUGGACCUGCGCCCCAUUAUAGUUUACAUGAUGAUGAUGCAAAGUCUCUGAA